UACACUCCCCCAUUUUCUCAAACAGGACACUAUGUCCCACAACUGGCUCAAUUAAUCGUGAAGUCGGGAUCCAAUCUCAGCUUGAGAGCCAUAGCUGUAAGUUUCAAUAACUCAAGUUAUCAGCCAAAUGACAGUGACAAUCUUUUUGUGUUGCAGAUAGGGAACCCGACAUUAGAGUUCGACACAGACUUCAACGCGGAAGGGCAGUUCUAUUGGUCUCACGGCUUGAUUUCAGACGAUACCUAUAACCUCGCCAACACAGCCUGCAACACUUCACGGCUCAAGAGACAAGCCGUGUCAAGGAACUUGUCUGAUUCCUGCAAAAUCGUUGCAGCGCAACUUCAUGCUCAAAUUCCUGACCACGACUUCGAUACGCAUGAUGUCACCGCCGAUUUCUGUUUAUCAAAACCUGGAUCGAACUUUGUGUUGGUUGAGUCAAGCGCGAGACUACAGCGUCGAUUUCACUGA